AUGAUUUCGGCUGUCAUUACAGCGCUCCUGCUUCUGGCUCCUAGCUGUGAGGGUCUGCCAACCAACGAGAGGCCUCUUUCUGGUAAAUGGUCAACACUGCCCAACAUCACGCGCGAUGGUUUCGAAUACCCUCGCCAAGAGCACGCAGCGGUCCUGGUUGGCGACGAGAUGUAUGUUCUUGGCGGCAUUCUGCCGUGGGAUGGCAAGGAAUACGCUACCACCAAUAUCGUCCAGAAAUACAACAUGAUAACCGGCACAUGGACAGAGACGGCACCCAUGCCUGCCGCUCUGAAUCAUGCCAAUGUCGCCGUCGUCGAUGACAAGAUCUACUAUCUUGGCGGCUUGGAAGCAGUCGAUGAAACGUAUUGGAAUGCGACAGGCAAGUCAGCAGUCUAUGAUCCCGCCACCGACGAGUGGACCGUACUGCCUAGCAUGCCCGAAGGACGAGAAAUUGGCAGUGCAGCGACUUUGGUUGUUGAUGACACCAUCUACCUCCCCGGAGGACUUGCAUACACAAACAUUACCUAUGAUCAGGAAGGAACAGUGUCCCGAUUCACAUCGUACAAUGUGAGAACCCAAGAGUGGACGACCCUGCCGGACCUGCCUGCCCCGCGGGAUCACGCUGGUAAAGGCAUCUAUCAGGAUAUGUUGUAUAUAUUGGGGGGACGAGAGUUUGGGAACAAGAACGUAGUGUCCACAGUGUUUGGAUUCAACCUCACCUCUCACCAAUGGUCGACAGCGUAUGAGCCCAUGCCUAUUGCGCGUGGGGGAGUCGCUUCUGCUACUAUCGGUUCUCAGACGUUCAUGGCAGGCGGAGAAGGGGACCGCCGUACUCCCACUGCCGUUUUCCCUGAGAUGCAGGCUUACGACGCCGCAAAAAAUACUUGGAUCGACUAUGCCGACAUGCCCCUACCAAUUCACGGGUCUGAUGCUGUGGUAUAUAAGGGCGAGAUUGUGAUUCCGGGCGGAGGAAUUGUGACAGGGGCGACUUUGACGCCAGUUGUUCAGACAUUCAAACCUCCUAUCCGGGAUUUGGGAGAGAAAAGCAUGACUCUGAUGGUUAUGGUAUAUCGAGUUAUUAUUGACUUACCCUGGAUGCUGCUCAAGAGAUGA